CGAUGCGUCGCGCAAGGCAUGAGCGCACUGCCCGCCCGGUCCAUUCCAUUUCCUCCGAUUCCUCGUCCUCGUCCUCCUCCGCCGCCCUCGUCGCCGCGUCCGCCGCGCACGUUCCCGCUCCUCCGCUCGAGAUCGGGGCUCGCGGCUCGGUCCAUCGCUCCGCGGCGGCGAUCGUGGGCGCAAGGUCCGGGGCCAAGUCUCCAGCCCGCCAUGUCGGAUUCGAACUCGAGCGUUGCUGCUGAUUUGGGUUGCGGCGGGGGCGAUCAAUCGGUUCCGAUUGGCGUGGACUAUGCUGAAAUCGUGGUCGUGCGCCAUGGUGAAACGGAGUGGAAUGCUGAUGGAAGAAUUCAGGGACAUCUCGAUGUCGAAUUAAAUGAAAUUGGGAGGCAGCAAGCAACUGCAGUGGGUGAAAGGCUUUCCAGAGAAGGAAAAAUCUCUGCAAUUUACUCAUCUGACUUAAAACGAGCUUUUGAAACAGCGAAUUCAAUUGCAACUGCUUGCGGUGGACUAGAGGUUAUCAAGGAUCCAGAUCUUCGGGAAAGAAAUUUGGGGGAGCUUCAAGGCCUUCAGCUACGUGCUGCAUCUAGUGUCUGUCCAAAAGCCUAUAAAGCCUUUCUAUCAAACAAGACGGAUCAAGAAAUCCCGGGUGGUGGUGAAAGUAUUGAUCAGCUUUAUCAGCGUUGCACUACGUGCUUGCAAAACAUCAGUAUGAAGCACAAAGGAGAGCGAGUAGUAGUGGUCACUCAUGGUGGUGUAAUCCGAUCGCUUCAUAGGCGGGCUUGCCCAAAACGGUCCGCUGGGAAGGUGCUGAAUACUUCUGUCAACACUUUCCACUUGUCUGAUGGGGACAAAUGGGUAUUAAAAUCUUGGGGCGAUGUUAGUCAUCUUGAGCAAACAGAAUAUCUUGGAACAGGGUUUGGCGGGGAUAAAUCUUCUGGUUAGAUCACCUGUGCUAAAUGCUGUUUCAGUAGCCCUACUAGUGAUGAGGUAUGGUAAGACCAAAAUCGGGGAGGAGAAUCGAGAGAUGGCAUAUAUUGAUUCUUCUAACAACAGGCAUUACUUAACUUAAUGGCCCAGAAGAGACCUAUUUUAUAGUCACUCAACCGAAGUGUUCAGAUGCCCCGAUUUUUGGAAGUACCCGCGUAAAUUUAGAUUGCUUGACAUAGUCAAUUGUAUCCAGCCACUUAUUCAACUCCUUUUAUUAUUUAUACAAAUCUUAUAGAUGCAUCAGUACUUUCAGGUAUUGAUAAUUAUCUAUGAUUAUUAUCUUUUGGUGGUUCUA